AUGGCGGACCGGCAGAGAGGGCUGAUCCUGCAGAGGAAGCAUGCCUUCAAGUUUUUUGAAGCCAGUGCACCCAAGACCCUGGAGCUGCGGAAUCACAACUUGCGGUGUGUGGCGCCACAUGAGCACUUUUGGAUUGUGGAGUGCGGGCACGGUCGCAACGGAAAAGGGAAUCUCGUUUACAAAGUAUUGGGACGUGUGACCUUUUUGGAGAAUGUUUCCUUGACUGCCGCGACGGUUGCCAAAAUGUACAACCAUCACCUGUGCAAUGAUCAGGAUUUCAAAGAACUGCAGUCCAAAUGGAAGAAGCCCAACAAUAUCAUUGGAUGGAGAGUGACAGAUGCUCAAGUGUUCCGCCCAAGUCGAUGGCUACGGCCCAGUAGCAAUGAGGGUUGGCUGCACUUUAGAUUCGAGGAUCUUUACAUUGAUUUCGAGAUGUCAGAUUGUGAUCGUGGCGACGCUACAGUCCUGUCGCAGUUGCAUCCUGUUCUUCCGGAGCGUGUGCAGCCUGCCAUGUCCACAUUGUUCCAGAACUGUGCACGUCGCCCAGUCCCGCCCAUAGAGUCCGUAGAGGCCGCAGAGGUUGCGGAGCCCCCCUGCGUUACCUCAGUUGCCGGUGCCCUUGCCACGGAUCAGGAGCAAACUCCGUUGCAGACACAGCCCUGCGCCAGUUCCACGUCAUUGGGACCAUCAUUGGAAUCCUCGACGGCGCCCGAUAACAUCAGGACCAGCGGUAUCAUCGAUGUCACCAAUAAUAUCACCGAGCCCGAGCCCUGUACCAGUGCCACCUCAAUGAGAUCGUCAUUGGAGUCCUCGGCAAUGCCGGCAGUGCCCCAUAGCACCCGGACCAGUGUCAUCGACGUGAACGACAUCCUCGAGCCGAGGGCAUCCAGGGAGUCCAUGGAACCCAGGGGCGCAUACUCACCAGUGCCCGAGGCAACGGCUGAGAGAAUUUCUGAAAUGAUUGACGAGAUAGACGACGCGCUGCAUGUUAAAUGUCGAUGUGAGACGGAUGCACAGGAGGCCACGACGACGAGGACUCCUGAGGCUGAGGCCGGUGCAUCCACGGCUUCCUGCUCCUUGAAAACAACACGCGUGGACGAGGCGCCAUGCGAGGCCUGCGAUGGCGCGACCAAGCCUCGCGAUUCGCCAGACCACGAAGGUGAGGCGCCUGCAGAGUUGGAUCCAGAAACGGAGAGGUUCUACAUAACCGAGCUGGAAGCUGAGCUAUUUGAAGGGAACCCGAACGUUGCUGCGACUGGAGCAGAGAAUACUACUGCAUCCGCAACGGCUGCACCGGCCCAAACCGAGACACCGAACGCUUCCUCGACGAGCGAUGGAGCGGGACGGCACUCGAGAUCCUCUACAGGAGCAGAUGAUACUACUGCAUCCGCAACGGCUGCACCGGCCCAAACCGAGACACCGAGCGCUUCCUCAACGAACGAUGGAGCGGGACGGCACUCGAGACCCUCUACAGUACAGACACGACAUCAACGCCUGACGUGUGGAAGACCAUCCGCGAUGUCCGCUAUGGCAUACAACGCAAAGCCGGCCGAGCUCUCCGGUGAGGUUGUGGCUGCUUGGCCACGUUCGCUCGCCACCUGGGCUACACUCGGUGGACGGUGGCCGUAUAUGCAGCGGAUUCAGACGAGUGGCCUGGUCCCGAAAGCGAGCCAUUGCUUCUGUACCGUGGAGGUCCUCGAUGACGCAGAGGCAAUGAACACCGAGCUGAGUGAGUGCAGCUGGAGAAACAAGCUUCCAUCGUGUGCCACCGUCGGCGACUGCUGGGCUUUGGAAGGUCUCAGCUCUGACGUUGCCCUCUCAGCCUCUCAGCAAUCGUCCGAUUCGUCAAGUUCGCAUUCGUCGGCUGACACCUAUCCUGGCCCCGUGGCGGUGCUGCAGAUCACGGCGUGGAUCACCGACCACUACCUCCACUUCAAGGCCGUGUCCAUGGGAGGCAACCUUGUGGGUGUCGUGCAGCACCCCAAGAGUGCCGGCCUCACGAUGACACGGUUGCGGAGGAAGUUCCAGCACCUGAUCAUCGAGAGGAGGCUCAGAGACGUCUCACGGAACAUCCGUCUGGUCGGAAAGGGUGGGCAUGUCCUUGAAGGAAAUAUCGUCCUCUGGACUGACCCGGAGUUCAAGGAGCCGAUGACUCCUGAGGAGAAAAAAACAAUGGGAUUCGGCACACAGCUGGACUUCGACCUGUACGAGCCCAACCAUACAAUCGAGGCACUCUUUGGCAACGCAUUGACCGGCGCAGCAUUGCUAGAGUCCAUCCCGUCCUGGUAUGUCGACUCCGAACAGGACGUGCCGUGGUACAGUGACGGCGACAUGCGCAACGUGGUUCGGUACCCCCUCCACGCGGGCGGCUUCAACCACCGCGCCGAGGCACUCUAUCGUGCCUCGGAGGAGUCCCCCAACAACGCGAAUGUGAAGGACGCCGUGGCCCGUGGCCUUCGGAAAGUCAAAAUCCUUCAUUGGCACACACCGGACGGCAUCUUCACCAAGGUUGUGUCCCUCCUGAAUCAAUUCCACCAGGGGUCGGGCCUUACCCACUGGGACGUAUUGCAAGAAGCCCUCAAACUUGAGGCGGCCUGGAAGGCAGAGUGUACUGUGUCGCGCCUGAACACGUACAACCCCCGCUACCAAGCUGCUUAUGAGGCAUUUGUGCUGCGCAAGUCGGCAAGCUCCGAGUACAACGGCUGUUUCAAGUCCAAGCUCAGCUACUACAACGCAAUAUCGCUCGCUCACAGUUUCCAUUCCAUGGAGCUGUAUGACGAAUUCCAAUCUUGGUGUCAUGCCAAUGUUGACUACCUAGACAACAAGUACGGUGCCCACACCUGCAUUUCGCAGAUGCAUGCGUUGACGACAAUGCUCCUCGGCGCUCAGCGCAAGUACGUCGACAAGUCCUUGCUGAGGGUGAUCCUCCUGGUGCCAGCACGUGGGGACAGGAAAAGCGAGGGCCGUGGCAGCAUGAGUUUCAUGUUCAGCAAGGGGGGCGCUGAAACAACAAAGCUCAUGAACGUCGUCAACCUACCGAUGCAGAACAGCACAGUCGUCCGCAAGAUGACGCAAGCAUCGGCCUCGAAGCCUGUCCUGAACACGGACGACGGCAGAGGUACGAAGUCCUCUGAUGUGCCGUUGCUGGUCAGGCACGCCCUGUCCACCGUCGACGGACUCAACAUUCGACUGAAGGACAAGGAGAAGGAGAAGUUGGGCGUGGCGGUCGGCGAUGUUCCCCAGACCGAGCAUCUCGAGACGGGGCCAGGCAAUGACAGUGCUGAUGCGUCGAGGGGCGAUGACAAACAGGGGGUCACAGGCACAGGUGCCGACACAGUCGAGCCGCCCACGAAAAAGGCUCGAAAGCAGGAGAAGAAGAAUCUCUUCAAAGGAUAUGACGAGGAGAAGGCAACGUAUCAGACAGUCGUGCACGCGCAAUCGAGAUUGUUGUCUACAGGAAUCGCCAGCGGCAGCACCGCCAUCACCGGCAACAAGACGGAGUCCAGACCAAUCACGGCUCUGGAUGAUUGCCUGGCUGCAUGCAAGUUCAUCCUGCAGAAGCUGGUGUCCAAGGGCUCGGUGACUUCUGCAGAGGAGCCGGGCGUCCUCGCCUCCUUCUCCUUUUGCAUAGGCCUCUUCUUCGAGUUUGCUUGGACGGGCAAGGUCUCCGUGAACGGCAAGCACUUCCGGCAGUAUUCGGUUCUCCGCACAGAGCUGCAACAGUGCUUCCUUGACGCCCAUGAACUCCUGUCCAAACCGAGUGCAAGCGUGGAACCUGAGAUCCCUGGCGGGGAAGUGACCAAGAAGUCCAAGGGAAAACACAUCAACGUCGGCUCCCUCGAGCUCGCUGAGCUGUUGUGCACAUCCUUCCACUCUCAGCCCGUGACCUCGGUGGCAUGGUCUGCGGACGAGCCAGGAGAAUCCACGAUCAGGAACAUUCUCACGGUGAUGACUGAGCACCCCGAUGACAUCAACAAUAUGAAUUCGUUUGUCCAGGAGACGCUGAGCCUGCCGCUGGUGAUGCAUCCGGCUGUGCAGAAGGCCUUGACAGGAAUUGCAGGCCUUCCAUCCGACUCGACCGCCAGUUUGAUAGACAUUGUUUCCAUUGCAUACGACGCCAUCAUCAAGAACUUUCCGGAUCUUUGGACGGCUUUUGGGUUUGAUUGUGUCUCCGCACACGAGAACAAAGGCCGGUUUGUUGAGAACACCGCCGAGGUCUUCCAGGAUGUAGACAAACUUCAACAAUUCGCUAGCAUCAGGCUUCGGUAUCUUCUCGCGAUUCUCAAGGAGACGCUCACCAUGGGGUCCAAGCCUUUGAAGCAGUUGUCAUCCUCUGCCCAGGACUGUCUGCGCCAGAUCUGCGACGUGUCCUCCAAGACGGAUGAGUUCGACCGCAUGUUUGUGUUUGACUCGAUGCAAUUCACGAAGCUUUGGUCCUCCGAGUGGGCAAGGCUGCUGGAUGUGUGCAGCCGUGGUCGCAGAGCGUUUCUCUCCGCACUUGCUGAAGAAAUCAAAAGCGAUGGCACGCAGCUCCCCGCCGCAGACCUUCGAGAGAACAUGAACGUGCCGCCGGGCACACUGCGCAAGCUCAAUCAUCAAGGUGACCAAGGGGGGGCAUCGACCACCGACGCGAAGGGGGAGGACUCGACCAAUGCCGCCGAGACCGAGUCGGGCGGCGUCCAAGCUAAGGGGCCUGCAUCGGGGGCGAAGGAUGUGGGUGCCACGCGGACCGCCGACCAGCCUACCGUCGUGAAACUGUCCAAGAUCAAUACCUACACCGAUGAAGAGGCGUGCAAUGGUUCUCUGCAUUCCUCCGAUGCGGCUAAGGCGCUGCAGCUUGAGGCCAGCGACUUCACGUCAGUGUCCAUCAAAAUCCUGGAACGCAAGCUAGAAGUUGUGCAGUGGGAUUUCUACGAGGCCUUCAAGACUGGGGAGGAGAAGGUUCUCGUCGAUAUCAAAGCCAAGAAGGACAUGUUGCAGGUAGAGCUCCCCCUCAACAACAUCACGGACCUCUGCCUGCCUUUCGGGGGCAGCAUCGCAAUGGCGUGUCCCAGCAAGGCACUUCCCUUCUGCUCGUUGUUUGGCUUGAGAUUCUGUGUCCAGCCACGGACCGAUCCAAUGGCAUCCGACAUUCUCAUCGCCGCCUGGGCCGCCAAAACUGUCUCCAAGGCCAGCGACUGCUACUUCAACAAGCAUGUCCUGAGUCGACCCCUUCUUAUCCUGCGUGAGAAGAAUGAAGAGGGAAAUCUUGCGAGUCUCGCGGAGAUGAAGUUCUUGCUUUUGCCACCCACUUCGUCCCAGGAUGUCGAGUCCGAGAAGCUUCGGGAGAAGUUCGUCCGCAUGGAGAAGGAUUGCUGUGCUGCUGGCGGGUGUGUGUGUCGCUUGGCAGCGUCAUUGCGGUCAGUUCCGUCCAUCCAGUCCAUUGUCCACGUUCAUCCGUGCUUUCGAACACCGUGGCCCAGUCUCGCAAUGCUCCGUGUCAUGUCACUGAACGAGGUUCUCGCCGAAUGCGAGCUUCAUGCUCUCCGACCCUGCUGCGGCAUUCAGACAAAGAUGGAAGAUGAGCUGCAGAAGCAGCGAGACAAGGCCGAAAAGACUGCCCUGACCCUCGUCACUGCGGCGGCCAAGAAGCGUCAGUCUGUGGAAAUGAAAGAGACAAAGCAACGGUUGCGGAAGGCUGCGAAGACCAGGCGAGUCGGCGGUCACUCCAACAUCGACGAUGCUGACAAUGGUCUUCAGGAGGAGAUUGACAGUGCGGCCGCUGACUUGGAACGGGCUGAAAAGACGGAGAAGAUCGAGCAGGAUGCUGAGAAGGCGUUGCACGAGGCCCUGGCCAAGAUCAAGAUGCCAUCCACCGUGCCUCUCACAACCAUGACACAGGCAACCGCUACCACAGGCUCGGAGACUGCACCCGAGGGUGUCGCUCGCACAAAGGUGCUUCAAGAGGCCUUGGAAAAGAAGCGAGCGGAGCAGAAGGCGGCAUCCGGAUCCGCGUCAACCCCCUCCACUGCUGUGGAAUCUCCACCGAAUGUGGGCCUUCAGGCUAUGAUUUCUGUGCUCAAGCGAAAGGGCACCAUCCAGACCAAGAAGAAAAUCACUGGCGACAAGGACGCGAAGGAUAAGCAACAGAUGGUGGACGACGUGCUGAAGCUAGGAAAGCACUUGCUGAAGUGCAUUGGCGUCCCGCUGGGUCGGCAUCAGGCCAAGUUCCGACGUGUUGGAUUGGGAUUCGCGUUUGACCUCGAUCAAGUUCCUUGGGAUGUUCCGCUCUGGCCUUGCGUAGGCCUCGACACCAAGCAUCUGCUCUCUUUCAACUUUGGCCAGAAGCCCUUCAAGUUCGAUUUGGAUGCUAAUAUGCCCAGCCUCGUGGUCCAGCUCAAGACCGUCUUUGACACGGUUUCGGUUUGGCCUCUGAACUUUUCGGCACCAGCAACCCCGACUCCAACUCCCGCGACGCCGGGGACCCCUGACACCACGGAGAACACAGGCUUCAAUGCCUUGUCAGGCCCAGGUGGGACAGAAAGCGGAGGCAUGCCGGAGAAGUGCUUGGAAAUCCACCACCAGGAGAUGCUGCGUACUCUGCGCAGCUUUCAGCACGUGCUGCCGCGCAACAAGCGCAAGGUAGCCGAAAGGCUGCGUGCAUCUUCCCAGGGCGGGCUCUGCCCCAAAGGUUGCACCCUGGGCCUCACCACGGACUACAAGUUCGGCGGUGGUGGCACUCCCGUGGUCUCCAAAGCCACGCGAGCUCAUCCCAAGCUUGUCCAGGUGCUUUGCAGAGGUUGUCGGGCCGCCUGCCCCGAUUUCAAGUUUACCUCGAUCCAAGUCAAUGUGAAUACGAAAUACAGGAUGCACACUGAUGGUUUCGAUGCUGGGCCGAGCCGCAUGGUUGCUCUUGGCAACUUCUCCCGUGGACGGCUCUGGCUCCAUGCCUCGAGGAACAACAGCUGGAGCCUCGUGGACGUGCACAACACGUGGAUCGCCUUCGAUGGCCGUGAGUUCCAUCGCACGGAGGAGUGGCAGGGCCUCGAGAGGUACAGCCUGGUCUUCUUCACAAACCACUUGUGGGACCAGCUUGAUUUCGAGGGCCAGGAUCAGCUGAAGGAGCUAGGCUUCCCCUGGCCUGAGACGGAGGAUGUCUUCCGAGAGGAGAUCCCGUGGCCUGAUUACCGCCAGCAUGCAGCGCUGAGAAGCUGGAGGUGGGUACAACUGCAGCAAGCUCCUCGCGGGCUCCUGCAGCGCAUCCUCUCCGCAUUCCGGGGUGCGGUGCGCCAGAAGAAUCUCCGCGGUGCAGCUCCAAGCCCCUCGAACGCAAGCGACGAGGACGUGGUACGAGCACCCCUCUUCCUGCCUCGAAUGCUGCCGCUCGUCUCGAGCUUCGCUUCGCGGCGGCUCCUGGGAUCCUUCGCAACAAUGCCGGCUCGCAGUGCCGUGCGGCGCUAUCAGACCGCGCCGCGUUGGCUGGAUGCUGUGGACCGCCUGGUGAAUGCCACCCUGAUCGACACCUGGCUCGAGAGUCAGGAGGGGAUGCAGCCUGCCCGAAGAAGCUUGCCCGAGGAGGGCCCUUGGCUGUCCCCAACACCGGAGGGCCAGCCCACGAUUCCGGAGAUGAGUCCCGAAAGCAGUGUUGCACGCUCCAAAGGCGUGUCUAGGCAGCAUGCGAUCGAAUGGGUGGAUCGCUAUGGCGAGGCCUGGCGCUUGCAAGACGUAGAGAAGAUUCUUGAACUCUUCACGGACACUGGCCUGUACGUUGAGCGGCCCUAUGACCCAGAGAAUGGGAUCUACCGGGGGCACGAGGGUAUCAAGAACUACUGGAUAACCCAUAUACAGGCACGCGAGAGGAACAUCGAUUUCCGGAAUGUUGUGGAGGACCUGGUCUUCGAUGACGCAACGCAGACGGCAGUUGCAAAAUGGGAGGCUUCAUUCGAGGUGCGCCAGUCCGAGGAUCGUCAGUGGCGGCGGGUCCAAUUCCUUCAGGUCGCCAAGCUGCGCUUUGCAGAAGAUGGCAGGGUCUGGCAUCUGGAAGAGUACUGGCACGGAAAGUCACUUCAGCGAGCCUCCAAAGGUUUGCGGGAUCCUCGUGCCCGACGAGCUCGUGCUGGGCCGAAGCGGCGUCCUCCAGACCUGCGUGGGCGCACCUGCUGCCAUGCAACGCUCUGCGAUGCGGACCUCGGCCCCUUCAGCAAGGAAGCGCUGCGCCUGGAAGCUCGCAAGGCUCGGAGUGGGCCGAGCAGGCCAAAGGAAGGUGGCCAGGGCGGCUAUACCACCUCUGCCCCCGCUGCUUCAGUUCAGGCGGCACAGGCUCCCUCCGUUGUAGUGAAUGCGCUUGGAAAGCUGCCGGGUGCCAGUAAGUCUUCUGAUCUGGUGGAGUGGUAUCGGAACUUGAUCUCGUCAGGGAAGCUGGCUGAGGAGAGUGACGUAACAGGUGCAGCCGUGAUUGCCCCGUGGGGUAUGCAUCUCUGGGAGGAGCUGCGCCGUUGGCUGGAUGUGGAACUUUCUCUGCUGGGGGCAAAGCCCUUUGCGGUCCCAAUCCUCGCACACUCUGAAGGCAAGCAGUCCGCGGAAAUACUGCGAGAUGAGGUCGCGCAGCUGGAAGUGCGAACGGCUUGCGAGCCGCUCUUGUACAAGGUGAUGGGCAAGUCCUGGGUAAAUUCGGUCCGUGACCUUCCGAUGGUGCUGACACGAUGGGCCUCCGCGGUAACGCCGAACAGCACGAAGAGGCCACUGCCCUUCCUUCGAGGCCGAGAGCUGUAUGUCCAAGAAGGACAUGCAGCCCAUGCUUCGGAGAAGGACACGUCGGAGUUCGCCGAGAAGAUCGCUUCCCUCUACGAACGCCUCUGUGCGGAGCUCUUGGCCAUUGCCCCGCGGAGUCGGAAGGGCAGGUCCUCGCUGGAAGGUCUGAAGACGUCGGUUGAAGUGGCGAUUCCCGGUACGGGGACCUCCCUGGAAGUGGCGGCCGUGCAUGAAUUGGACGGCCAGCGAGCUUCAGGCUUCAACAUGCGAUAUUGCACAGCCGAUUCGGAGGGGAAAUGCGUCAACCACGUGUGCUCAUUGACAGCUUUCUCGCUCUCUUGCCGCGUGCUGGCCGCUGCCAUUUGCGCUCACAGCGACGAUGUCGGGAUCGUGCUGCCGCCUCGAUUAGCAUGCGUGCAGGUCAUCAUCAUCCCCAUGAUUCGCUACGAAGACCGGAAAGGCGAUGAAGCCGGCCAGCGGUGCGUGAGACAGAUCCUCGAGUGGUGCGAAGCGCUGGCGAACCUGCUGACAUCUCCGGCGAAUGCGGAGUCUGUGAGGGAGCCAUGGACGGAUCGCGUCAGGGCAGAGACAGAUUCGCGUGCCGACGUGACUCCUGGGAAGAAGAUCCGGCAUUGGCUCCUGCGCGGCGUGCCUUUGCUGCUCACUGCGAGGCUUGUCGGAGGCGAGCCCAAACUGGCGCAAGCGCGCCUCACCGCCCGUGACAUGCCAGGCGUCGACGUCCUGGGAAACCCGACUCUGGAGCCGGAGGCGGCGGCGGUGGCUGCGAGGCAUCAGCUCGCGGAGCUUCACAGGCGGCUGUACGUCCGGCACCAAGCUGCUGAAGAAGGAUGA